CAAUGAAAACAGACCAACAAAAAAACUAAAAAUCAUGACCUUUAAUAUUAACGGUAUUAGAGCAGUUACUCGAGGGAAAAGCUUAAAGGAAUUUCUGGAUUCGCUUGAGGCUGAUAUAAUGUGUUUUCAAGAGACAAAAAUCACGCGUGACAUGCUAGAGGAAUCAAUAUGUAUGGUUGAGGGAUACAAUGCUUACUUCAGCUUUUCAAGAGUAAAAACUGGUUAUUCAGGAGUUGCCACAUUUUGCAAGGACAAGACUAUGCCAUGUGCAGCAGAAGAGGGUCUAACAGCCAUGUGGACUCAAGAACCGUCUAUUGGUUGCUAUGGUACCACAGAUUGCUUCACCUCGGACCAGUUAUCAACUCUUGAUAGGGAAGGCAGAGCAGUAUUGACAGAACACACUCUGGACAAUGGCGACAAAGUGGUUAUUGUCAAUGUAUACUGUCCAAGGGCGGAAACAGAGAAUGAAGAAAGAAUGGAAUUCAAGAUGAGAUACUAUAAACUUCUGCAGAUCAGGGUGGAGGCAUUGGUCGCAUCUGGAAGGCAUGUGAUUGUUCUUGGGGAUAUGAAUCUAGCUCAUAAGCCCAUUGAUCACUGUAACCCUGGAGAUCCUGAAAAAUUCAAUGCAUAUCCUAGCAGGAUAUGGAUGAGUCAGUUUAUCAAAGACAUCACAGUAAAGAAUGUCGCUCGUACAGGAACAACAUUACCGAAAUUACAAACGGCAGGCCUCUACAGUCCUUAUUUUAAAAGAACUGAAAAUGUUGACCCAGAUAAACAAGCUCUAGAGGGUAGAAUACUGGUUGAUUCAUUCCGUUAUAUCUAUCCAGCACGAAAAGAUGCUUUCACCAACUGGUGCACGUCAACAGGAGCACGGCUAACCAACUAUGGUAACAGACUGGAUUAUAUUGUAGCUGAUCUUUCAUUGGUAAAGCAGAGAUUUGUGGAUGUUAUUAUACGACCAGAGGUUGAAGGAUCCGACCACUGCCCGGUGGUCGCAUUUCUGAGUGGCCGGAUUAUGCCUUCCAAACGACCACCCCCAUUGUGUUCGCGUUUUAUGCCUGAGUUUGCAGGAAAACAACAGAAACUUGCUUCUUAUUUUAUGAAGAAAGUGGUUGAAACUUCAAAUGAUGCUACAGAAACGGACAGUGAAGCCGAAAGUUCAUCUCAAGAAGCUACGCCCAAAGAUGAUGUAAAACCAGAAUUAAAGAAAGGUAGUUCGUUGAAGCGCACUGGAAGCUUCGAGGCAGCUUCUCAAGCAAAACGACCAAAGACUUCACAGUCAGUAAAAAAGAAAAGCAUUUUCCAAUUUUUUGGAAAGAAAGAAGAUGUCAAGAUUUCUGCAGAGGUUAAUUCUUCGUCAUGCGUUGAGGAAAAAGAAGAAAAAUCAGAGGAUUCUGAAGGUAUUUCAAACAGUGAUUUGGGUAAGGAAAGUAAACCUGACAAGGUAAAUAUUAUGGAUCAAUCUGAUUCUCAAAAACAGAACUCUGAAGUUUCCACAGAUUCAACUGCACCGUUUGAAAAUGGCGCCGAUUCUCAGAGCUCGACAGAAUCUAUUGACAGUAAUAAAAAAACCGACGUUGCAGCUUGGAAAAGCAUUCUAAAGGGGCCUCCCCCUGCACCCCUAUGUCUGGGACAUAAUGAACCUUGUGUUUUGAGGACCGUAAAGAAAAAGGGCCCUAACUAUGGACGGCAGUUUCACUGCUGUGCAAGGCCAGAGGGACAUUACUCUAAUAAGGAAGCACGUUGUAAAUUCUUCAAGUGGAUAAGAUGAUAGAGAUUGUGUUCAAAAUACAGUAAAACCUCUAUUUAGCGGCCAGUUGUCCUAGUCCGCGAAAGGGGUUUUUGCAGUAAUUUAUAUCUCUAUCGAGCGACCAACCUAUAUUUAACGACCACUUCGAGCAAUUCUCCAAGGGUGGUCGCUUAAUAGAGGUGCUACUGUAUAUCUCGCCUUUCAUCUGAGGCUCGCUUCAAUUAUCCAAGUCUACCUCCAUUCCAGCAUCAAUUUUAUGUUCAUAAACGUCUGUGUUGGACAUCAGCGAGAUAUGAGGUGUGUUGACCAAAAGAAAUGCUAGCUCUAGGAACGAGAAUCGAGAAAAACGUUUGCGCAUGCGCACACCUCGG